UCCUCAUCGCUUUCUUUGCUUUGAGCCAGCCUCCCUUUGACGACGAUCUCACAUAGAUUCCUCUCCAAGAUCCUUGACGACUUCUACGAUGGCAUCCAUUUUCUCGCAUAAUCGGAUUCUGCCAAACCUCAAGCGACGCUCUCGUCCGACCAACAAGGCUGAGAACUCUCCGGCCAAGGCGAAACCCCUUCACAUCCUCCCUAACGUCGCCGAAGAAGACGAGUAUCCAAGCCGCCAGUCAUGUUCAUCACUGUCAUCGCUGCCUACCAACCCGAACCCAUCCUCGUAUCAACCCUCCCCGUUUGUCACUGCCAGCGCGACUCUCGGCGCUCGACCCAAACACGACAAGCGUGACUCCCGCAGGGUCGUCUUGACUGGAGUCGAGGGUCUCACUUUCGAUGACUUCUUCCCCCCAUCAAGCGCCCCUAGGGUGCGCACACCAUCACCCCCACCUCGCCCCAUCACGCCCCCUCCACGGUUAGUAACAUCAUCGUCGGGAACGGAAUCUCCCCUCGACGAUAUCAACCUACGCUUCUCUGGUCUCGGAAUAUCACUUGAUUUCCCCUCUCCGCCUUCUUCUGCAACCCGCAAUCCAUCGUUCUCCAGGAACCGCGAACAAUCACCUUCUCCAUCUCUCACCAGCAGCGACGCGUCCACGUGCAGCCCUAAAACCCCCUGCUCGACGCCACCUACUUCCGACGACGACGAGUCUCCAAGUAAGGAAUCGCACCUCAUGCGCGCUCCCACCUUCAAGUCCCAACGUGCAUCCGUGCUCUUCAUGCAGUCGAUGCCGGACCUCGCGGAGGCUCCGCGCAAGACAUCCAUCACCUCGCUCCUCGAUGACGAUGUCUCGGAGGAGGUCGCAUGGUUCGCGCAGGACAUUUCCGAGAUUGUCACGCUCGCGUCCCCUCUUCCGCCCGCGUUCCCUCUCGAGGCGUCUGGACCCGCACGCGACCCCCGCGCCCGUCCCGACUCCGUUGUCCCUCUUCCGCGCAAGCAUAGUCGUGGCGACAGGCCCGUCCCCACCUUGCCGCGCAUCUCCAUCCAGGAUAGCGGCGAGCGCAGCCCAAGCGCCCAGCUGGACCCCACCUUCCCCUCGAAGCGUCGCUCCUACCUCAUCCCCUCUCGCCCUCCCCCGCCGCCACCUGUCUGCUGCCCACCGAGAUCUCCCAGCCUGUCGGCAAUGGAACAGGCGACAGAGGAGCUCCUCGCCGAACUUGCCAACGCGGCACUCGGCGCCGGCUUCCUCGGAACGGAGCUCACCUUCCCCCACAGCGCCCUCUCGGACGCCGGUUCUGUCCCGCCUUCGCCUAGCUCCCACUUCAUCGUCAAGAGCCCCCUCACACCCUGCAGCGCUGCGUCCAACGACAUGCGCCCGCCACCUCGCUCGUCCGUGCCUGCCGACAUCUUCGACUUUUGCGAUAGCCCGAUCGACACGCCCUCCAUGUGCAGCUUCUUCACCCCUCCCACCUCCUCAAUGUCCAACCGGCUCAACCCCCAACAGCACCAGUGGCCGACGACGCCCGUGAGCGCAGUCAGCAUGAGCGUGUACUCCCAGACGGACUCCGCGCCCGCCUCGCCCCUGUCCUCGUUCGACUUCGACAUCGACGUCUCGCACGUGCGCGCGCCCUCCGAGCGCCCCGCGACCCCAGACAGCCCGAUGCGCGUGCACGCACCGACGCCCCGCCGCACGCCGUCCAUGCGCUCUGUCGGGUCACUGGCGGACCAGGAGCGCACGCUCCGCUCGCGCUGGUCGACGUCGACGCUCGGCUCGAUCGCGGACUCGCACGGGCACAGCUGGCUCGGGCGGUUCACGCUCUCGCCCUCGAAGAAGGGCAAGGGCGGCAGCAGCAGCAAGCACGCGGCGCCGCAGCCGGCCCCUGUGCUCGCCCCGGUGAACACGCACCUGCAGCGGAAGAACGCGGUGAAGAGCUCGCACUCGCCGAAGCGGUCGAUGGACUCGGAGCGCGGCGUGAGCAGGCGGGAUAGCCGGUCGAGCCGCGUGAGCGAGAGCAGCGCGAGCGACAGCGGGGAGAGCACGGCGAGCUCGGGCUUGAGGCGGAAACCUAUCCCGUUGGUGCUGCUCAGUACUGCUGCGGGGCCGGCGAACGCGAUGCAGAUGUGAAGGCAUCGGUGAUACGGUGGUGACGGUAACGACCUCUGACGACUUCUCUUCUCUCCUCUCAUCUCGGGCCUCGGUUCCAAUUCUAUCUCUCGCCCUCGUUCUGGUUGACUGUAUCCAUAGUGAACGCGCUCCUUGCAUCGUCUCCCUUCACUCCACAUCCUAAACCCACACAGCAUACGGCCCGCCACACUGAACUCUAUGAUUAUUGUAGCAUUCGCCCUUCCUCACGACCUGCUCCCUCACGACGGUCACCCAAACCCAACUUGUAGCCUUCUUCGUCCUUCUGUUCUCUCGCCCUUGCUUUCUCCCGUUUGCGCUCCUCGGUAUUUAUUGUGGCGCGUGAGCCCCUACUCGUGCGCGCCGUGAUUAAUCGUACGGUCUCCUUUCGUACCGCUGUACAUACCCUACCCUCCGGACGGCCGCCCUCGCUGUACUUUGGCUCGUCCGGAUUGCAC